GCAGAGGGGCGCGCCCUGACCCCGCUGCGCCGCCGCUGUGCGCGGUGCCGCCAUCUUGCCCGCGCCGCCCGCCGGUCCCGCCGCCGCCGCCGCCAUGCCGGAGGACAGGGACUGGGAGGCGUACAAGGUGCCGCCGACCCGCACCCCGGUCGUCGAGAGUACUACGUCGGUGCCCAACCCGGUCACCUUCUUCCAGGCCGUCUUCGGCUAUGUCGUCGAGGCGCCUGUCACCUUCGUCCGAGAGUGGAUCGAGCGCCAGCAGGCCAAGAACAAGUUCUACUAUUACCACCAGAAGUUCCGCCGUGUGCCUGAUCUGAGCGAGUGUCUGGAGGGUGACUACCUCUGCUUCUACGAGGCUGAAGCGCAGUGGAGGAGGGACAGGAUGGUUGAUCAGGAGAUCGUGGAGAUUGUCCGGGAGCGGCUGGGCGCCUGCAAGCAGAGGGAGGGACCCAACCAGUUCCAGAACUGUGCUAAGGAGAUGGAACAGCUGGCGCAGGUCACCAAGGCCUACCAGGACAGAUAUGGUGAUCUUGGUGUCCAUGGCAACGCGAGGACUUGCCUGAUGAAGCAGAAGCACAGGAUGAUGGAGGAGAGGAAGGCACAAGAAAAUGCAUCACAGUAGAUCUGAACGGUUUAACGCCUCCCUCCACAGUGCUCAUCUGAUACCGCAAUGUCGCAUCUCGGAUGCUGUGACCUCAAUAAACAUCUGCCACACAGCUGGAA